AUGGCCCGUGAAUUCACUUUGCAGAAGACCCAAAAGGAGCGGCAGCCUACGAGGGCUGAUGCCUAUACAACGGCGGCUGUGGCCUGGAAUUUGGAAAAGGCUAACCACUCAAUCAGUCACCGCUGGAAUGGUCUGUCCAACAGCUUGGGCUACCAUGCAGGUAGACUGGCCAAACAGAGAAGCAGUGAGAACCCGGGAUUUUGGCUCCUGGCUUGA